UGUUCAUUCACUUUUCGGCACUUUUUUUUUCGAAUAAAAUUCAUUUUUCAUAAAUUGAAACGAACAAAUAAUGACAACGAAGGAGUAUCGAAUUGAAACGGACUCUGAAACAUCAUACUGUGAACUAAACACAGUAAUUUUGAAUAGCAGUACGAGCCCGUUGCUCGAUGGUUGUGUCGUAUAUAAAACCAGUGGCGAUAACUUCCAAGCAAAUCAUUCAAAAAUAAUCACGCAAGCGAGUGACAACAUAUCUGCAUCAGCGCAUACCAUAGCAUCGUCGUCUGUGGCCGAAACAAAUAACAAUAUCUCCAGAACGUCAACUAUAUCGUUAUCAUUGUCGUCGCCUUUAUUGUACGCGUUAUCGUCUUCGUCGUCGUCGUCGCUGUCUUCCAAUUUGAAAAAUAGCCGCGAUUCAAGCAAUUUCACGUCAAAAUAUAACAACAACAACAACAUUCACAACAAUAACAGCAGUGACAUGGUAUUGCAACAACAUCAUUCACAUCAUUCGAUUCAGCCGUUGAUUGAAUCGGAUCAUUACCAUGAUCAAAAUUCGCCAGUUUCCAGUUCAGAUACAGCGUUGUUGCGAAGCAGUUUAAUCUACAUGUAUUCACCGUACACAACCGUCACUUCAUCAUCAUCACCGCCAUCAAAUCAUUACCAUCAAGUCGUUUCACAUCGUCCAAUUGGAGCAACAACGAUCGAUGAGGUUAUUGCCGACACACUUAAAGAUGAACACUGCACAAUGAUCGACGGAAUAAACAAUAAUUCAAAUGGUGUUCUUGUCGCAAAUGUUAACUACAAUGGAAAUCAUUCGGCUGCAAAUAGUGAUGAUGGUGAAAAUAAUUCACGUAGCCCAAAUAACAAUCAUUUAACACACCAUGAUGAAUAUGAAGGGUUGCAAAGUUUUACACAUUUGACCAAUGCCACCGAUACCAGUCCAUCCGUGUUGAAUCGCGACAGUGUAUACAGUGGAACCACACUUUUCACACCAAAUACAUCGGCUGCCCCUUCAUCUGCAAUCAUCCAUCCUAUUCAAACGUACGAAAGUGUUUUGCAUCCAGCUACACCCGGCAGUCCUGUAUUUCCAACGCGUACAACAUACACACCGUCAUCAAGUAAUUUGCAUUACUUCAAUCCAAGCCCAACCGAAUCACAAAUGUGGUCAACGAGUGCGCACAAUGAAGAAUUUGAUCGUCCAAAGAGUGGAGCGCUGCCCGAUUUUCAACGGCUAACCAACUCGUACUAUUCAAAUGGACGAACAAUCAACUAUACUUCACAAGUGAACGAAACAUGGCCAAGCGCCUAUGAAACAAGUCCGGUUGCUUAUGCUACAUCACCACCAAACAGUGUGGCCGUACGUCGAUCUCAUAUUUCAGCCGCUGCUUCACUCACAGCAAUAGGCUUAGAUGCUGAUAUAUUUACGGAAGGUCGUGAGUGCGUGAAUUGUGGUGCGAUUUCAACACCAUUGUGGCGUCGAGACGGAACCGGGCAUUAUUUAUGCAAUGCCUGCGGUCUUUAUCAUAAAAUGAACGGAAUGAAUCGACCGUUAGUUAAACAGCCGCGACGAUUGAGUGCAAAUCGGCGCAGUGGUUUGCUUUGCUCGAAUUGCCAGACAAAUCAGACAUCGUUAUGGCGUAGAAAUCAACACGGUGAACCAGUCUGCAAUGCAUGCGGAUUGUACUACAAGCUGCACAAUGUAAAUCGGCCGCAGGCCAUGAAAAAAGAUACCAUUCAAACACGAAAACGCAAACCAAAGGGUAGCAAAAGUAGUGAUGGCGCAUCAACAAAACGGUCAAGUAACUCAAAUAUCAACAACAAUAACAACAGCAGCACCAAUAAUAACAACAACAAUUCAAUUCUCCUCGAAUCGGCAAAUGAUUUACGUAGCUUGACAGCCUCUCUUAAUCAACCGAUGACGGCAAUUGUUCAUGCACAAAAUUCACCGCCGUCAAUCAAUGGUUCAGUAUCGCAAGUCGAGACAAGCAAUCAAACACCUCCAUUGUCACCACGAUCGUACUCUGGACAAAUUCCGUCGCCAAUUUUCACCAACAGCACACCAAACACAUCAAUGAACAAUACUCGUGCCACAAGCUAUUUGCCACCGUAUGUUAGUGUGCCACAAUCUCAAGCAAUGGUCGAAAUGUAUUCAUCAGCCGCAUACAGUCCGAUAUCAUCACCAUAUUACACAUUAACGCCGGGCAGUUUAUUGGCUGACCAUGAAGUUAAAGUCGAGGCAAUGCCACAUUCACCACACAGCAUUCACUCGCAGCAUCAACAAAUGACACACAUGAACCAACACAGUCGUAGCCCAUCUAUUGAUGAUGAACGUGAACUUCAAUCUCAAAUCGUUUCACGCAAUCUCGAACGUCCAUCGGUCGUUAACAUCAAAAUGGAAUAAGGACAAGAGUUAACUAGUUCAUUAGCGUUUAAGCUUUGGGCAAAUUCUUUCUCCACAUUCAAUUUUAUUAGUUUUAUCAAAUCUACGCUAGCGUACCAAAUAACGAGACACACACACACAUAUGCGCACGCAAAUCGCAUAAUUAGUGUGAGAACAAACAAUUGUUCGAUUCGAUUUUUUUUCUUUCCAAAUGUUAAUGCUCAUUUUGUGUUACCAUUUUCGGUAAUUGCACACAUAUUGUAUACGUUUAUGUAAUCGUUUUUUAAGUGUUUCUUUUUGUAAAAUUCUACAAAUUGAAUAGAAUCAAACAAUCGAAUCGAAUGUUUUGCUAUUCAAUCUGUUACAGUUCUUUUCCAUUUCAUAAUUCAAUUUGAUGUUAAUUUUAGAAAAAAUAGAAGAGAACGAAAGAAAAUAACGUUUGCAAUUUUUCUUGGCAAAAUAAUUGCGUUACAUUUUAUUUUCGAUUGAAAAGUUUGUUUUAAAAAAAUUGUUAAAUUUAGUAAUUAUAAAAUCUUUAUUUGUGCGAGUUUCAGUCGGAAGACUUAAAAAUAAGUUUGUAUCUGUUAAUAUAAAAAAAGUUAAAAUUGCUCAAUUUUCAUAUAGAGAUGAAAAUCACUUUGAUUAAUUGUUAGUAAAUAAGUAGAAGAAAAUUUGGCACUUUUUGGUAUACGAAAUUUAAAAAAAAUAUAUAUUAGUAAAAAAGAAGAUCUGAAAUAAAAUUAUGUUUAUAACUAUGGGAUGUA